GUGGGCCUGUACUUCAUGGGCAUGUCUCUGUCCAGCGGCGACUUCCUCUUCCGUCUGCCGCCUCCUGCCAAAGAUGUGCCCGACAAGUCACUGGCUGCCUGCCAGGCCAUCGGCCUGCGUCUGGUGCAAAUGCCGACAGUCCUGAAGGACUUGGUGGCGGUUCAGAGCCAAGGCCAGUUCUGCUACGACCUCAAGAGGACUUCAGAGACGGAUCCUUUCACCACCAUGUCUGGGGAGCCCGUCGACGCCUCACUGUUGGUGAUAAAGGAUGCUGCGAACUUGGACUUGACACCGCAAUGUUUCGCCACUCUCUAUCUGUGGCCAUUCAGGAUGGGUUGCAGUACUUAUGUUGUCCACUCUCACGCCACAGUCUGUCAGUAUUCACCUCCGACUUUCUAAAUAUUACUUAUUAUUCAAAAUCUGAUUCCACUUCGUCAGUUACCAAACUGGAUGAUCCAUUCGCAUGCUAUAAAAAUAAAAUCUUGGCC